CUCUUUUGACUCGACGAUGUAAGGUUAAAGCAGGGCUUAUGCAAAAAAUAGAAAGUAGAGAGAGAAAGCUUUGUGUAGAGAGAGAGAGAAGAGUGUUCACCGAAGGCCGAAAACGGUUUUGCUACCUCCAAAUUUCCCUUUGUUCUCUUUCUCGAAUCCUCAUCAUCACCAUUAGAGAGAAACAAGGGAUACCGCUGUGAGAAUCUCGUGUUCCAAGCAAUAUGUCGUUAUUCAUACUUGUAAUUUAGUUGAUUUUUGAAUCCAGCAUUUUUCUAUGAAGUUAAAGCGAUCUCAACGGAUGACGGAGUAGUCGAUGAAGUGAUUCAUAUCUUAUUUAUCAUUCUUGUGCCUCACUUGAUUCUAGAUUUACCAAUUUUUGGAUCCUCGCUUUUUCUGCUUCCUUCUCCCUGAGGGCUGUUGAUUUUUUUAAUCGGUUGAGGAAAGAUGAACGCUGGCGAUGGUGGAGCUCCGGCGGGAACACCAGCUCCAUUGGAGUGGAAAUUCUCUCAGGUAUUUGGUGAACGGACGGCCGGCGAAGAAGUUCAGGAAGUUGAUGUCAUCUCAGCUAUUGAGUUUGAUAGAACUGGCGACCAUCUUGCCACCGGGGAUCGAGGGGGUAGGGUGGUAUUAUUUGAAAGGACCGAUGCGAAGGAGCAUGCUGGAAGCCGAAGAGAAUUAGAGAGAAUGGAUUAUCCAAUCACUCGGCAUCCCGAAUUCCGUUACAAGACAGAGUUUCAAAGCCAUGAGCCUGAGUUUGAUUAUUUGAAGAGUUUGGAGAUUGAGGAGAAGAUCAAUAAGAUCCGGUGGUGCCAAAUGGCUAAUGGUGCCCUCUUCCUUUUGUCUACUAAUGACAAAACUAUUAAGUUCUGGAAGGUCCAAGAGAAGAAGGUUAAGAAAAUAUCUGAUCUGAAUAUCGACCCUUCCAGAGAUGUUGCAAAUGGCAGCAUGCCCAGUUCAAGCGUUUCUUCCAGUCAAAAACAGUAUCUGGUAAAUGGGUGCUACACAGAUGGAUCUUCUGAAUGUUUAAGCAAUGAUUUGUCAUUUCCACCUGGGGGUCUUCCUGCAUUACGCUUACCUGUGGUUACUAGUGGUGAGACCAGCCUUGCUGCUAGAUGUAGAAGAGUGUAUGCCCAUGCACAUGACUAUCAUAUCAAUUCUAUUUCAACUAACUGUGAUGGGGAAACAUUUAUAUCAGCUGAUGAUCUCCGUAUAAACCUUUGGAACUUGCAAAUAAGCAAUCAAAGUUUCAAUAUUGUUGAUGUCAAGCCAACAAAUAUGGAAGAUCUAACUGAGGUGAUAACUUCAGCUGAAUUUCACCCUACUCACUGUAACAUAUUGGCUUAUAGUAGUUCAAGAGGAUCAAUACGUUUGGUAGAUAUGCGGCAGUCAGCCUUGUGCGACUCGCACUCUAAGUUGUUUGAGGAGCAGGAAACUCCUGGCUCAAGAUCCUUUUUUACCGAGAUAAUUGCUUCAAUUUCAGAUAUAAAAUUUGCAAAGGCUGGAAGAUACAUACUCAGUCGUGACUAUAUGACCCUGAAGCUGUGGGAUAUAAACAUGGAUUCUGGUCCAGUUUCAACUUUUCAGGUUCAUGAACAUUUGAGACCAAAGCUAUGUGAUUUAUAUGAGAAUGAUUCCAUCUUUGAUAAAUUUGAGUGUUGCCUUAGUGGUGACGGUUCACGAGUAGCAACUGGAUCUUAUAGCAAUCUUUUUCGUGUGUUUGGUUGUGCUCCGGGAAGCAUGGAAGCGACUACAUUAGAAGCGAGCAAAAACCCCAGGAGACAAGUUCAGACCCCUUCGAGGCCUUCCAGGUCCUUGAGCAGCAGUAUAACACGUGUUGUCAGGAGAGGAUCAGAAAGUCCUGGGGGUGAUGCCAAUGGAAACUCAUUUGAUUUCACAACCAAACUGCUCCACCUUACAUGGCAUCCAACUGAAAAUUCAAUUGCAUGUGCUGCUGCAAACAGCUUGUACAUGUAUUAUGCAUAAGUCAUGACAGGAGGAAUCGGGUUCUCUUGGGUUGCGUUUCUUGGAGUGCUUUUCCGGAAGGCUUCUUUUCAAACCAACUCGAGGUUCUACCGUUUCUCACGUGCAGAAUCCAUGCCGACGUAUAUUACAUGUUCUUAAUGUCAAGGUCCAGAAAUGGCUGGUCAAUUUAGCAACUUACUUGUCAACAACCCAACGCUCUUGUUUUCUUCCUACCUUAUCCUCCUUCACCCUUCUCAAGAUCUCCGAUGUCUUUAUAGUUCUCCCCUCAAGCAAAACUGUUAGAUAUGCAGAAAUUAUCAAUAGAUGUAAGGUAAAUGCAGUUUUACUUUAAAUCCUGCUGGAAAAGACCUGCUGGCUUAACUUUAUUGGGUAGAAGUAUUUUUUGUAGGAUAAUUUGAUGGUUUUUUUUUU